AAAGUGCGGUACUGUGACAUCGAAGCAGCUAAGAAAUUUCUCUUUUUCCUUUGUUUUUCAAACAACCUCAUCAGGGCUUUGUUGAAUGGUGUAAAGCCUUGAGACGAACAUUGGAGGCCCCGACCCUCAAUCCCUAUUCCUUUGGUGUGAAGUAAGAAUGGCCGAAGCACACCCGUUCUGGUUCUCUCUCUCCCAAGAGCAAAUCGUUUUGGGGAAAGUAAUUUAUUCCAUCGCAGAAAAUGGUGGAAAAUCUUUGUCAUCUGAGGAUUUUGGAAUCAUAAAGCAUAUCAUCUCCCCUGAGGAUUUCCAAAUCCUAAGACGAAAUUUUGGUGUGACGAGGAUAUUUUAUAAUGGCGAUGACAAGAAUUUACCAUUUUCAUUGAUGCAGUUUUUUUCGGACAUCCCCAGCAUAAUCGAUGUUGAAGGAGAUCGAUUGUCUCGAGAGUAUAAGUAUGAAGACUUGUUGGGAUUCAUAGAGAAUAUCUUCCACCAUGCACACUUCAACGACAAAUCGGCUUCUCAAGAAAAUUUGCGAGUGUCAAAUGAGAAAAUUAAUCAGGACCUAAGAUCAAUUGAAGGACUUCAAAUUGAUAGUAACAUCCAACGAACUAUAUAUGAGCUUUAUUGGAAGAUGAUAUCAGGAUGUGCAUGUGGUGUGGAUGAUGCACAUGAAGUGACAGUAGCCUUGCUUGAUUCACUACAUGAUUACUCUUGGGCAGCUCAAGUAGUGUUGCUGGUGGCUGCAUUUGCAAUCAGCUUUGGCGAGUUUUGGCAAACCGUGGAACCACCCUCGACUACAGAAGAAGAUCAUCAAUCACGAUCAAUAUGUCUACUUAAGCGACCUCAUUGUCUGAUGCAAGUAACUGAUUCCAUGAAGUCUGGCCUUGAAUCUAUAAAGACUUUGGUGGAAAGAAUUUGGGAAUUGACCAAAUGGCUUGUUGAAUUUGAAAAGGAAUUCGCUACCAGUUGGUAUGCUACAUAUAGAAAGAGUAACGCUGCUAUUGAAUAUCCAGAAGUACUUGUUAUUGGGUACCAGGUUGUGUAUAGUGUUGUUGUAGAAACGCAACCAUAA